UUAUUUCUGACCGCGUCAGAGACAGUUGUGAGAAAGGAGUGCCGCAAAUAAAAUUAUAAUUACAAUAGCCAAUUGAACUUGUAGUUUAUACAUUUUCUAAGCGCUCAUUAUCAAGAUCAUGCCAUAUUUGUACAAUAAAUACUUGGAAGCAGUAAAUAUUUUGAAUAAACUGUAUUCGGAGCCACAUUGUAAUCAAAAUACCAUUGAGACUAAAGAUGAUAUCACAAUUGACUUGAUGAAUGAUUGUGAAGAAUGGGCUAUCCAAUGUUUUCUAUGCCAGGAGCUCUUUACUGACAUCGAUGAGUUGGAGAAACAUUUCCUAAUACACUGCACAGAACACGCGGAGUGCAUAACGACACAACUCCUCAAUUGUGAUGUAUGCGGAAGAAAAUUACGUUCGGAAUCAGAGUUAAAUAAGCACCAUAAGCGCUUCCAUGCGGCAUCUAUGUGCAAAAUAUAUAGAAAUCGUAUAAAAAUGGCAAAGAACACAGAAAAGGAAACAACAAAGCCCUCUUAUUCAGAGCCGAAGGAGUUUUUGGCAACGAUUGCUGGCCCACCACCGAGACAGAAAUAUCCACCGCAUUCGCGAUUCUUUAAUCCAAACAUAAUGACAGAUUGCGAUGCGUAUGUAUGUUUGGAUAUGCUCAGGAAUUAAACUGCUGGACUUGGUGAAGUGCCUUAACAAUAACAGCAUUUAAUUUUAGCAAUUUUGUUUUAAUUAUUAUCCUACAACGAUAGUACCAAGAUUUGCAACUGGCAACAAUGCUAGAAGUUCGGCGCUUAGCCGCAAUACCAGGCUUAGAUUCACUGGCAAUAUUGCCAGUGACUGGCAUGGUGUUUACAUAUGUGUUUAUUAUGGAUUUAAUUGGACUGUCAAUCGCGUAGCCACUGUACACACUGGCAAUAAUAACAGUAUGGUUCCAUUUUUUUCUGGGCUGCCAUUAAAAUUUUAGCUCAUAAUUUGUAAUUCUGCACCCUACUUUUUGGAUGACUAAUAAAGAUUUAAAAAAACAUUGCACACUUUCA